UCAGCUGUGUCCAAUCACAGCUGAUCACAUCUGUCACGCUGACAGCUCGAGAGGAGAGCCGGUAAUCGGCUUUCCCGGAGGGGACAUGUACACUGAUCAUCAGGGCACAGUGUGGCCCCAGAAGUGCCACCUGUCAGUGCUCAUCAGUGCCAGUGCCCAUCAGUUCCACGUGCCAGUGCCCAUCAGUGCCACAUCAAUGCCACAUAUCAGUGCCCAUCUGAGCUGCCUUUCAAUGUCACCCAUCAGUGCCAGGCAGUGCCACCUAUCAAUGCCAAUCAGUGCCGCCUAUCAGUGCCUGUCAGUGCCGCCUAACAGUGCCUGUCAGUGCCGCCUAACAGUGCCAGUCAGUGCCGCCUAUCAGUGCCAGUCAGUGCUGCCUAUA